UCAGGUAUUGGUUGCCUGCCGUGAGGUGUAUAGAACGAAAGAAAGUGAACACUGGUGACAGCAUAUCGGGGUGUAUGUAACCGACUAAUUCGAAGGCUCCAGAAGUUUCCAAAAAGUGACCCGAAAAAAGUGGACAACGCCUCGCGAGUUGUGAAAUAGGCUUCUCCUGUGUGAAAAUGAACGUGGACGAGGCGACGGUUCUGUUCGGCUAGACAGGGCAGGCCCUGUGGGAAAGCUUUUUAUUGGCGCGUACCACGCGUUUUACUGGAAUUAUUAUUUUUAAUGCUGCGAGAGUACGAUUGACCGAACAUGGUUAACUUCCUGGCGUCGCAAAACCGGACCUGAGUGCCAGGAGGACGCCGAUGACCAAGCCUUCAUAUCGCCCUAGGGGUGCGCUCGCAGUACGACACCACCCAUAGCAGCUCACCUGCCCCUUCUGGUCUCUAUCGCUGUAGACGAGAUACCCUCAGUAUGUCUGCAGAGGAGAGGCUGCAGAAGCUUGAGAGCUUAGUCCUGGAGGGGCCAUCGAAGGACGAGGCAUCCGCGAGCGUGGAGGCGCUACUGGAUGUGUUGCUCUGUCUUUAUCAGGAGUGUCUUUUGUCGGCGCUGAGAAGGGAGAAGAAUGUCAUUGAGUUCCUUGAUUGGGCUAAGCCAUUUGUAUCCAAGGUAAAGGAACUAAGACUACGAAGAGAUGACUUUGAAAUUCUCAAAGUCAUAGGACGAGGGGCCUUUGGAGAGGUUGCAGUGGUGAAGUUAAAAAACACAGAAAAAGUAUUUGCAAUGAAGAUUUUGCACAAGUGGGAGAUGUUGAAGAGAGCAGAUACCGCCUGUUUUAGAGAGGAAAGAGAUGUACUGGUGAAAGGAGACAGCCAAUGGAUCACAACUUUGCACUAUGCCUUUCAAGAUGACAAGUACCUGUAUCUUGUAAUGGACUAUUAUGCUGGCGGCGACCUUUUGACCUUACUGAGUAAAUUUGAAGACCGUUUACCUGAAGAUAUGGCUCGGUUUUAUAUAGCAGAAAUGGUCCUUGCCAUUCACUCCACGCAUCAGAGAAAUUAUGUGCACAGGGAUAUCAAACCAGAUAAUGUUCUUAUUGACAUGAAUGGACAUAUCCGACUAGCUGACUUUGGAUCUUGCCUUAAGUUGGGGAGUAAUGGAACUAUAGAGUCCCCUGUAGCUGUCGGGACCCCAGACUACAUUUCCCCUGAAAUUCUACAGGCAAUGGAGGAUGGAAAGGGGAAGUAUGGAACGGAAUGUGAUUGGUGGUCUCUAGGAGUUUGCACCUAUGAACUGCUUUUUGGAGAAACCCCUUUCUAUGCAGAGUCCCUUGUUGAGACCUACGGCAAAAUAAUGAAUCACCAGGACCACUUGCAGUUUCCAGCUGAUAUUACAGAUGUGUCUGAUGUGGCAAAGGACCUAAUCAGGCACUUAAUUUGUGAAAAGAAACAGCGUUUAGGCAAGAAUGGAAUCGAUGACUUUAAGAAGCACCCCUUCUUUAAUGGUAUAGACUGGGACAACAUUCUCACCAGAACUCCGCCAUACAUUCCAGAAGUUACCAGCCCAUUUGACACAUCAAACUUUGAUGUUGACGAUGACUCUCUCAAAAAUUCAGAAACUCCUCCACCAACAUCUCAUGGUAACUUUGCUGGUCAUCACCUUCCAUUUGUAGGAUUCACCUAUACCUCCCACUGUGCCCUAUCAGAUCGUGGCUGCUUAAAGGAGUUUGCUUCACAGUCAGAGCCUGCGGCUGCCUCUUCUAAUGCUUUGGAACUGAAAGUGAAGAAACUGGAGAGAGAAAAUGGGGAGCUAUCCAAGAAAUUGCAGGAGAGUCAGCUGGAAAGUAAUGAAGCAACAAAGCAGAAGAGAGAAGAUGAGUCUAAGCAGAUCAAAACCCUGGAAAACCAGCUACGUUCUACCAAACAGGAGAAGGAUUCCGUAAAUAAGGAGUUAGUGGAGACACAAGAAAAGUUGAAGGUCCUGGCAAAGGAAUUAAAUGAGGCCCAGACUAAGCUGAAGCAAGCUGUUAAAGAAUUACAGGACAUGGAAGAAAAGCAGACAGAGGCUCGUUCGCAGAGGCAAAAGCUCUCCCGACAGUUGAGGGAUAAAGAAGAGGAGAUGGAGGUUGUCAUGGCUAAAGUUGAAAGCCUUCGCCAGGAACUGAGGAAAGUGGAAAAAUCUAAAAAGGAGCUAGAGAACAUGGCUGAGGAGUCGGGUGCUGAAGCUACAAAGCAACGUAAACUGAGAGAAAGGAGUGAAUCAUAUGGCAAACAGCUAGAAGAAGAGCUGGACAUCAUAAAGAAGAGACCAGGUCUUUCUUCGAGUCAGCUGGGAGUGCCAUCUGAUACCCUACAAGAGCUCUCUCGAUUACGAACGGAACUUGAGAGACUGCAGGCAGAAAAAGACGAGGAGCUAUCCCAGCAUGUCUUACUCCACACAACAGAGCUGAAGACUGUUAAAAAUGAACUUCGAGACAGUGAGAGUCAAUUGACAGCAUUGCAAAGUGAAGUCAACAUGCUGAAAGAGAAACUGGACAAGGCUAGAAACCAAAGUCUUCAAGAGCAUGAGGAAAUGUUAACAGAACUUCAGCACAAACAAGAGCGAGAAAAGAAUGUUCUGAAGGAUGCAAUGAAAAAGCUCAGUGAAGAUGUGGAGAAGCUUUCAGAGGAAAAUGACAAAUUGCAGGGCAAAAAUAAAUUAUUGGAGGAAGAAAUACAGUCUUUAAAUGAGAAGAAGGAAGCCAUUGCUAAUUGGGAAGCACAGAUUACAGAUAUUCUUCAGUGGGUCAAUGAUGAGAAAGACUCUCGCUCCUACCUUCAAGCCCUCACCACUCGUUUGUCUGAAGAGAUGGAAAAUCUCAGAGCUGUAGAUCGCUCCAGUGCAAAACAGGACAAUCAAUGGAAAGCACGCCGACUUCAGAAGAUGGAAGCCUCUGCACGCUUAGAGCUUCAGUCUGCGCUGGAUGCAGAACUCCGAGCCAAGCAAGGUCUGCAGGAGGAACUUAACAAGUUGAAGGCAACCAGUCUGACAUGUGAAUGUAAGCUUCAGGAAGCAGAAAAGCAGAACAGUGAGUUAAAGGCUGAAGUGGAGAGACUUAAGAAUGAGUUGAAGUCACAGGCCUUUGAAGGCACUGGGCCACGGCAGUCCAUUAUAACAUUAAUGCCUUUGUCUCCUAUUGAGAACAAUUCAAUUGCAUUCUCUGGAUUUCCUGAGGUGAUUCCUGAGGCUCAAAAAGAAGAAGAGGUGGAAAAGGAAGUUGCAGACAUAAAUGAUGGAAGCUCAAAAUCCCUCAUUCAAAAGGUAACAGCCAAGCCAAACUCUGUCAAGGCUCCAACAUCUUCAUCAGUUACCAAGCCUCCACCUCAUCAGUUCAAGAUAAAAACAUUUACAUCUGUUACAAAAUGUCAGCGCUGCACCUCUUUGAUGUUGGGUCUUGUUCGACAAGGUGUACAAUGUGAAGUGUGCAGCUAUGCCUGUCAUUUGACCUGUUCUGCUGCAGCCACUAUCUGCCCCACGCCACCACAUCAGAUGACCUCUUCACUGGGAGUAGACCCUGUUCGUGGAAAGGGCACAGCAUAUGAGGGAUACUUAAGUGUACCAAAGCCUGCAGGUGUGAAAAAGGGUUGGCAACGAGCACUUGCUGUAGUCAGUGAUUUCAAGCUAUUCUUGUUUGAUAUUGCUGAGGGCCGAACCUCCCAAACUGGAAGCCCAGUGUCCCAGGUUAUUGACUUAAGGGAUCCUCAGUUUUCUGUCAGCUCUGUCUUUGCGUCUGAUGUCAUCCAUGCUAAUAAAAAAGACAUCCCUUGUAUACUCAGAGUUACUUACUCCCAACUAACACUACCCAAAACACAGCACUCCUUGCUCCUUUUGGCAGAUAAUGAGAGCGAAAAAGGCCGCUGGGAGAAGGUUCUUAAUGAACUGCACCUUCUACUUAAAAAGCAUAAGCUUCCAGACACAUCUGUCUUCCUGCCAAAGGAAGCCUUUGACUCUGCUCUUCCACUUAUUCGUACUGCUCAAUCAGCUGCGAUUGUUGAUCAGCAGCGUAUUGCUUUAGGAACGGAAGAAGGUCUCUACUUGAUACAUGUCACAAAGAAUGAGAUCUUGCAGAUGGGUGACUGCAAGAAAGUAACACAGAUCAAUAUCCUACCCGAAAGCCAGUUAUUGGUUGUACUUUCUGGUCGCAGCCAUUCUGUACGCCUUUAUUCUUGGGAAGACCUUCAGAACCCUGAAUCUUGUGGAACCAAGAUCCAAGAAGCUCGUAAUGUUCAGGCUAUGACCACAGGCACACUUGUGCGGGGCACUGUACCUUGUCUCUGCUUUGGUGUAAAGCGUCAGGUAUACUGCUACUCCCUAAAUAUUGGAAAAGUGCGCUACAAAAAAUUGAGAGAGGUUCAAGCUCCAGGAAAUGUGCAAUGGCUUGGGCUCUUUGAGGAUCGUCUGUGCAUUGGAUACCCAGGAGGAUUCACACUAUACCCUCUCACAAGUGAAUCUGGAACUGGAGGAGGCAGUACCACAAAUCUUGUUAAUACUGAUGACCCAACAUUUUCCUUCCUGACCCAGCCUCUGGCAGAUGCCUUAUGUGCAGUAGAGAUGAGCUCUGGAGAGUUUCUUCUGUGCUUCAAUUUGGCUGGUGUAUAUGUGGACAGUCAGGGUUGCCGUUCUCGCAAGAGGGAGCUAAUAUGGUUGGCACCACCUAUUACUUGCUGUUACACUGCCCCCUUCCUUUCGGUAUUUACUGAGAAUGCAGUGGAUAUCUUUGAUGUGAACAGAGUGGAGUGGAUUCAAACAAUAUCCCUUAAGAAGGUACGCUCCCUGAAUACUGAUGGUAGUCUAAGCUUAUUUGGCACAGAGACCGUGAGACUAAUCUACCUCAGAAGCAAGCAAGCUGAAAAGGACCACUUUGAUGUGCCAGAGACGGAGGAGAACAGCAGACGCCAAAUGCUGAGGACUAAAAGCAAGAGAAGAUUCUCUUUUCGAAUAUCUGAUGAGGAGAGACUACAGCAACGCAGGAACAUGCUCAGGGACCCAAGCAUUCGCUCUAAACUGAUUUCCAACCCCACAAACUUCAGUCACUUGGUGCAUGUUGGUCCAGGUGAGAAAAUGCAAAAUCUUAGGGAUCUUCCAAACCAGGACUCAACACUGGCACCAAUGAACCGCCCGCGUAGUGCCACAGAAUCUGGCCGCCCUCUUUCUGCUGGGAGUGACCAAGCCUUGAGGGAAAUGUAUGCCAAGCGCCAGUCCCGUGGGUCCUUCACAGAUGACAUUCUCCUGACUCCGCAGUGCCUGUUUGCUGAGGGAGACAUGCUGUCUGAGAUUUCAGGCCACACUCAACAUCUCCGAGCAUCCCGCAGCUCCAGUGAAAGGGCAGACUCUCCUGUCCCGAAAUAGAAGCUCUGCCAGAACUCCCGUGUGCCAAAAUCUUCUCUGCAUCGACAUUACUGCCAUUUUUGCAAGAUCGGCUGACUGGAUUGCUUUUCUAAAGCUGGCAAGAGAAGAGGAAGACAAAACUCAUGGAGAUUUUGGGCUCUUACUUUUUUUUUUAAUUGUUUUUGAGAGUUGAUCUCUACAUUUGCAGCAGUGAGCUCUUUGAACUUAACAUGGAAAAAGUCUGUAACAGUGCUUUUAAGUGCCUGGUCAACAUCACAUUACAGAAUUAGUCACUUCUGGUGUCCUCAUCAACAGGGCAGCACAGAUGGCACACUAUUUUUUACCUUUACUCCUCAUCUGACUAUGAGAUUAUCAAGCUCAUUUCCGCAGUGUCAUUUGCGGAUUCUACUUGACCAGUCUCCAGUUACAUCUUAAACAGUUACUAAAGAAGGUCAAUAUCUCUUUUUUUAAAUGAUAUUAAGUGCAAUUAUGUGAAUAUUUUCCUAAAGCAUAAAACUUUUAAAAUAAUUUUUAUAGUUGUAAAAAUGUUAAUGAAAUGUACUAUGCAAAAUGUGAUAUAUCAUAUCAUGCAGAAUUUCAGGAAUUAUUUUUAUUUGAAAUGUCCACAUUACCUUUAUUAGUGAACAGCAGUCUUUUUCUUCAUUCAGCAUAUACAACUGUGAGCCUCAUGUUAUUCACACAGCUGGAGGCAGCCGUACCUCUGUAUGGACACCACUGGCCAAAGUGCUGGCAGUUGCCUUCAUGUUGGAUAUUUAAUGGGUUGUGUACCGACUCCGCCAGUGCUGAUGGGACUUUACUCAGCAGCAAAAAUAACUCUGUUACAUUUUUGUAACCUGCUAGUAAUGGGGGUGAAGAAACCAGGCUACUGCUUACCUUUUUUUUCCCUUUUAUUAUUUCAGAAGACUGAUCUAAUUGUAUAAGAAGUACACCCUAGGUUUCUGUUCAAUUACGUUACGUUAAGUUGACUCAUGUCACAUGGAUUUUUUUCCCCCCAGACUUUAUCUUGUUGUUUAAUGGCAACUAGUUGAUACUUUCAAAGUGGACUUCAAGUCAAAAUAACAAGAGCCUCAAAACACAAAUGCAAUGAAUGCAGCGGUGCCAGUGCUACAGCUUUUAUCCCUACAAGUUGCUUACCUUUGCCAUUCGUUUUCUUCCUGGCUUAUACAAAGUAUAUUUCAAGUAAAAGUGAGAAGAUUUUGUAGUGAUCUUAUUCUUAAGUGUGAAGGUGUUCACAAUGAAGACUUUAACUGAAGACAGUGGGAAGACUGAAGCGCAAGCACUUGCUUACUGAUGCCUCAUUUAGUAUCUAGCCGGCUCCAUUUUUUUUAUUUAUCGAUUGCAUCUUACAGUUUUCUGCAUUCACACUGCGGGGUAAACUGAAAACAUCUUUGAAGACAAAGGAGUAAUCGCUGGUCCUUGUGUCACAACAAUUGUUGCUGUUUUACUUCCUUUAUCUACUAUCUUGACAUGAGUUGGCCUUCAAGCACCAAUGCGGUGUCUUUUUUUCCCUAUGGGGAAGUGGUGGUGGUAGUAAGCCGCUGUAUUGACGGCAUCCAUCAAUCACGGGCGCCAACUGUUUCUUCACUCAGGAAGAUGCUGCAUGCCAUUUAAUGGAGAUCUCUGGAAAUGGCUGUCCCUUAUCUGCUGACUGUUACAAAAGAAUCCAGAGGGAAUGCUGUGCCAUGUCUCAAAUAUUGAAAAUACGUACACUCAUUCAAAUUUAUAUAUUGUAAAUAGCACAGAACACAAAUGCUGUUACAAAAUGCCAAAGAUUUUAUUUCUUCUCUGUUCUUGUGAUAUGGCUAUGUCGUGCUCUACCUUCACGUAAUUUCAAUCAUAUGAAGAGAGUUCAUGUUUAGUAUCUUUUUAAACGAUCUGCCACUUUAGCUCAUUCAGCCAGAGGGCUACACAAAGUACUUUGGAGUAGAAGUCAGCGAGUAUUACUGGAUUAGUUAGAACAGAAAGGGCAAAAUGAAAAAAACAAAAAAAAACAAACUACUGAACUUUUACUAGUGCAAUUUAUAUAAAAUGGUCUAUGUUUAUUAUACUGGGGAAUUUAUUAUAUAAAUAUCUAAAUGAG